AUGGAACGCGGCCAGUCGUACUUCCCGGGUGCAGGUGUGUCCGCGAGUGUGUUGGCCGAUCAGCUGGACGACAUCGCCCGGCAAGAGCUGCGUGAAGAGGAGCGCUUACGCGAGCAAUCACUGGAGCGGAUGCGCGAGUGGAUCCGUCAGAAUGGUCGCAUACGUCGGUGCCGUACCGAUGAUCGGUUUCUGUUGCGUUUUUUGCGUGUCCGCAAGUUCUCCGUCCCGGGCGCUUGUGAGAUGCUGGAGCGGUAUCUGAAGAUGCGCCAAACGUAUCCGCGGUGGUUUGCCCGGCUCGAUCCGGAUGAUGGCGAUCUGGCGGCGGUGCUGGAUGAUUGCUGUCUGCUGCCGAUCGGUCGCGAUCGGGUUACCGGUCGUAUCGUGGUGUUUGGGGUCGUGCGGAACUUUAAUGCCGGGCGGUUCAACUCCGACAUGAUGAUCCGGUUGAAUAUGCUCGUGGCGGAGGCGCUGCUCGAGGAGGAAGCGAACCAGAUCGCCGGUUUUACGCACAUCUUCGACAAUGGCGGGAUGACGAUGGCGCACGUUACCUGCUGGACGCUCGACAAUCUGGCCGGAUAUCUGCGCAGCGUCAUCAACUGUGUGCCGGUGCGGCUGAAGGAGAACCACUUCGUGAGCGUGCCCACCUUUGCGGCCCAAAUCAGCAAAUAUUGUCUCUCGUUUGCCAGCGAUAAGCUACGGUCGCGCAUACACUGUCACACGACGGUGGAGGAGCUGAGGGGUAAGGUAGCGCCGGAACUGCUUCCGCUCGAGUACGGUGGUAAGGGUGGAUCGUUGAAGGAACUUAAUGCGCGGUUCCGAGAGUAUCUGUCCACCAAGCGGAAGGCGCUGCUCGAGCUGGAUGAUAUGGAGAUCGAUAUGAAGGACCCACGGGAACCGGACGGAGGACACGAGGAUACGGCCGGUGGUGAGCUGGUGGCCGGAGGGGCGAUCGGCAGUUUUCGUCAACUAUCAAUCGACUGACCGACUGACGGGUUGUUGCAGACUUAGGCUAGAUUGUUGUGUUAUUCUCGUUCGGUGGUGCUUUGGUGUUGUUGGCUUGGCUGGGGCGCUGGUUUGCUUUUCUUUUUGUUCAGUAUUAUCUUAUCUUCCUCCCGAGGGUGCCAAGAUCUGAGUGGAUGACGGUGAAUUGGUGAACCAAAAAAAAAACAUGCGAAUACCCAAUGGACCAAAACGGUGAAGCGGUCUCCUUCAAUUGGUUAUUGGCUUCUCAGGCAUGGGAACAGGUUUGCGAAUGGAACACACGUUAUUCGUCAUGACGAAUCGUCGAAAUGAUGAAUGACGCAGUAUUGUACAUGAAUCGCAAAUAUGGAACGACAAACCAGGAAGCAAAAUGUGCGGACGGUCAGAAAAAGGGGGAACCUUCACGCUAGUGGGGCGGAUUAGAAGGGCAUGUUAUCGUUGGUCUCUUCAGUGAUUCUAUAUAUUAUGCUUUGUUACCAGAGUAUUAGAACCUAAAUAUGCGUUGUAUAAAUAAAGCAAACUAUUUGUAAUCGCGAAAUUCUCUGGCAAGGAUAUAAGGAUACCUUUUACCUCUAUUACCGCGUUAUCUGGCGUAAUCUAUUAUCAGCUUAGGCUUCUGAGCAAGGUUGUAGGCUUACCUCUUUUAUUUAUGAAAGAGCCUCAUGUUUUUCUUUAUGCUAAGAUUGUAAGAUGUUCAUGUACAGACAAAUUGA